AUGUCGACUCGUCAACGAAGACCAUCGACGACAUCGACCACAGAACUUCUUUUCGAAACAGCCAAAAAUAUUGAAAGGAGAGCUGAAAAUUCUCUUACAGUACUUUGGGAUGAUCUUCCCUCGUGGCAACAAGACAAUCAUUACAUCAGAUCUGGUUAUCGACCUGCAACAUCAUCUUUCCAAAAGUCCUUUGCAUCCCUGGGUUACGUUCACAACGAAUCAGUCAAUAUCUAUUCGCACUUGAUUGGAGCCGUAGUAUUCACACUUUCGGGAUUUCUCUUAUAUGCAAUCAUUAAGCCUAGAUAUGCAUCCGCUGAAAUCGCUGAUGUUCUAGCAUUUAGUUGCUUUUUUGCAGGAGCUGCAUUAUGCCUUGGGAUGUCGGGGACUUAUCAUACUAUCUCUAAUCAUUCUCCCACUGUUGCUAAGUUUGGCAAUAAGUUAGAUUAUUUGGGGAUCGUUUCUCUCAUCACUGGAAGUGUUAUCCCUGGGAUCUAUUAUGGUUUGUAUUGUCAUCCACAUCUAUUCGAAUUUUACUCCACAAUUACGGGUGUCCUUGGAGGUAUUUGUGCAGUUGUAGUCAUGCUUGAAAGAUUCAGAACUCCUGCUUGGAGACCUUAUCGAGCAGGUAUCUUUGUGGCUCUGGCGCUUUGCGGAGCCGUCAUUCCUAUACUGAAUGGGAUACAACUUUAUGGAUUCCAUGCAAUGCGUGAACGAGCGGGCUUGACAUGGUUACUACUAGAAGGAUUCUUUUACAUUCUUGGUGCUUCAUUAUACGCGGCUCGAUGGCCUGAACGGACCUCACCAGGUUCUUACGAUAUUUGGGGAAGCUCUCAUCAAAUAUUUCAUAUGCUCGUCCUUGCGGCAGCUGCUUCACAUUUGUACGGCUUGACUAUAGGUUUCGAUUAUUAUCACAACGGUCUUGGACUGAAAUGUUGA